AUGGCGGCGGUGCGGGCGCUCCUGGUGCUGGCUGUGGGGACUCGGGCAAUGAUCCUUUUCACCAAGGAGCCGUACUCCCAGGACGCCCUGCACGGCCGCAGCGCCAUCCUCCGCUGCGAGGUGGCGGAGCCAAUGGAUGUGAAGUUUGAAUGGCUGCAGAAUGGGGUCCCUGUUCAGGACACGGAGCAACGCUUCAAGGAAGGCAGCAACCUCCAGUUUGCUGCUGUCGAUCGGCACCGGGAUGCUGGGGACUUCCAGUGUGUAGCGAGGAACUUGCUCACUGGGGAGGAGGCCCGAACAGCCAAUGCAUCUUUCAAUAUCAAGUGGAUUGAGACAGGGAAUGUGGUGCUGAAGCAGCCGGCCAGCAUAGCUGAGAUCCAGCCCUCCUCCACAGUGGUGCUGCGGUGUCACAUCGAUGGCCAUCCACGCCCCACGUGGCAGUGGUUUCGGGAUGGUAUCCCCCUCCCCGAUGGCCGCAGCACCUAUUCUGUCAGCAACAAGGAGCGAACACUGACCCUGCAGAGCACCAGCCCCGAUGACAACGGUCUCUACUACUGCUGUGCCCGCAGUGCCGUUGGCUUUGUCUGCAGCCAGAACAACUUCACACUGAAUAUCAUCGACGAGAGCUUUCCUCAGGCCGUGAUUGUCCCGCAGGACCUCAUCGUGACCAAGAACGAAGAGGCCAUGUUUGACUGCCAGUUUGCAGCCGUGCCCCCUCCCACGCAGGAGUGGCUCUUUGAAGACAGCCCCAUCACCAACAGAUCCAAGACCACUGUGUUCACCAACGGCUCCCUGCUGAUCACCCAGGUGAGGGCUCGCAGCACCGGUGUCUAUAAGUGUGUUGGCCGUGGGCAGAGAGGGAAAGCUCUUGUGCUGAAGGCGACUCUGCGGCUAGCAGAGAUCGAAGAAAUGGCACCCUUCUCCCCGAAGGUGUUGACGGCAAACCAGGGGCACCGCGUGGCCUGCACUGCCCCACGAGGCAUACCCACGCCCCAAGUCUGGUGGGAGAGGAACCAGGAACGAGUUCCCACUGCUGGCAGGGUGCACCAAGAGGCAGAGCAGCUCGUUUUCACCAGUAUCAUCGAGACGGACGCGGGGACCUACACGUGCCAUGCUGCCAACAAGGCUGGAGAGAAGAAGCAGGAGCUGAGCAUCACUGUGGCUACGGUACCCAAGUGGGUGGAGAUGCCCAAGGACAGCCAGCUGGAGGAGAGCAAGCCAGGAUACCUGCACUGCCUCAGCAAGGCCUCCCUGAAACCCACCGUUACCUGGUACCGCAAUGGCGUCUCCAUCUCUGAGGACUCACGGUUUGAGAUCUCUGAGAAUGGGACACUGCGCAUCAACAACGUGGAGGUAUACGAUGGGACCAUGUACAAGUGUGUGAGCAGCACACCAGCAGGCAGCAUCGAGGGAUAUGCACGGGUGCACGUGCUAGAGAAGCUGAAGUUCACCCCGCCGCCCCAGCCGCUGCAGUGCAUGGAGUUCGAUAAGGAUGUUACGGUGUCCUGCUCAGCCACUGGCCGGGAAAAACCCACCAUCCAGUGGACUAAAACAGAUGGGAGCAGCCUGCCAUCCCACGUCAGCCACAACGCCGGCAUCUUGUCCUUCCACAAGGUGAGCAGAAGUGACUCAGGGAACUACACGUGCAUCGCCUCCAACAGCCCGCAGGGCGAGAUCCGUGCCACCGUGCAGCUCGUGGUAGCAGUUUACGUCACCUUCAAGCUAGAGCCAGAGCCCACGACGGUGUACCAGGGGCACACAGCCAUGUUCCAGUGCCAGGCAGAGGGGGACCCCGUGCCGCACAUCCAGUGGAAAGGGAAGGACAGGAUUUUGGAUCCUGGCAAGCUCCUGCCCAGGAUUCAGAUCAUGCCCAAUGGCUCCCUGGUGAUUUACGACGUCACCACCGAGGACUCUGGAAAAUACACCUGUAUUGCCGGCAACAGCUGCAACAUCAAGCACCGCGAGGCCUUCCUAUACGUCGUAGACAAGCCUGCAGCAGAAGAGGAUGAGGGACCUGGCAGCCACACACCUUACAAGAUGAUCCAGACCAUUGGGCUUUCGGUGGGGGCAGCUGUUGCCUACAUUAUUAUCGUGCUGGGGUUGAUGUUCUACUGUAAGAAGCGGAGAAAAGCCAAGAGGCUGAAGAAACACCCAGAGGGCGAGGAGCCCGAAAUGGAAUGUCUGAAUGGUGGCGCUUUGCUGCAGAAUGGGCAGAUGACAGCAGAGAUCCAAGAAGAAGUGGCCUUGACCAACCUGGGCAGCAGCUCUGGGGCCAGCAAGCGGCACAGUGCUGCCGACAAGAUGCACUUUCCGCGUUCCAACCUGAAGACAAUCACAACCCUGGGCAGGGGGGAGUUUGGUGAAGUGUUCCUGGCCAAGGCUAAAGCUGCAGAGGAUGGUGAGGGUGAAACACUGGUCCUGGUGAAGAGCCUGCAGACGAGGGAUGAGCAGCUGCAGCUGGACUUCCGUCGAGAGGCAGAGAUGUUUGGCAAGCUGAACCACUCCAAUGUGGUGCGGCUGCUGGGGCUGUGCCGCGAGGCAGAGCCGCACUACAUGGUCCUGGAGUAUGUGGACCUGGGGGACCUGAAGCAGUUCCUGAGGAUCUCCAAGAGCAAAGAUGAAUCUCUGAAGCCGCAGCACCUCACUACCAAACAUAAGGUGUCUCUCUGCACACAGGUGGCCCUGGGCAUGGAGCAUCUCUCCAACGGCAGGUUUGUGCACCGGGACUUGGCAGCCAGGAACUGCCUGAUCAGUGCCCAGCGGCAGGUCAAGGUCUCGUCCCUGAGCCUCAGCAAGGACGUGUACAACAGCGAGUACUACCACUUCCGCCAGGCCUGGAUCCCGCUGCGCUGGAUGCCACCUGAAGCUGUGCUGGAGGACGAGUUCUCCACUAAGUCAGACGUGUGGUCCUUUGGGGUGCUCAUGUGGGAGGUCUUCAUGCAUGGGGAGAUGCCCUACACCACGCUGGCAGAUGAUGAGGUUCUAGCAGGUCUGCAGUCGGGAAACACGAAGCUCCCGCACCCUGAGGGCUGCCCUUCCCGCCUGGCCAAGCUGAUGCAGCGCUGCUGGGCCCCCAGCCCUAAGGAUCGACCCUCGUUCAGCGAGCUCGCCACCGCCCUCGGGGACAGCCCAGCUGACAGCAAAGCCUGAGCAUCCCGCCCCUUGCUGGGGAAGGACGCGGCGGGGUGGACAGGGGUCUGUAGGUGCCCGGGGAGCCCCUGGCACUCGUGUGGCCCCUUGCUGAGCCCGACCCCAAUGCGCCAGCGAGCAGCUCGGCACCAGCGGCUGCUGGACUCAAAGCACAAGCCAGUGUA